AUGCCUGUGACCCAGUUUGCAAAACAUGUGGCAAACAUUUUUCUCCAGGAUCUGGAUGUCCCGAUCUCUGCGAUGCCGUUCCUUGCUGCAGAUGCUGCGGUCAAAAUCAUUUUCCCCGACUUGAAAUUCGUUAUGAAAAUACUCGUCGACUUUCUAUUCUCCAAUAGAAAGAUGGAAUUUGGGUUUAAUCCUACUCCAUACAGAGUUGUCAUCGAAGCUGUUGGCGGCUCAGACACAUUCGUGGAUAUGGUAUAUAACACGAUCGACCCAAUGAUCAGAGCUUUGCAGGGCAAAGUUCUCACCGUUGACAUGCUGCAUAAUAUCCGAUUAAAACAGGCCAUGGCUCCAAGAACUUGGUACGAACCCAACGGAGGGUAUCUAGAUUUUGUUACCUAUAUUCAGAGCUCUGAGUAUUGGCGUCCGUAUGUCGGACAAUCUAACCAGCCAAUAGAGAGAAUACCACAGCAUAUCAGGGCUAUUCAUAAUGGUUCGGAGAACAGCGUUCAUUAUUAUAUCAUUAAGCAAGGCAAUGGUUCACGGCGUGCUAACUUCAUACGACUAUGGCCUAUACCUUUCCCACCCAAUACUGACAAGGCAGUAAAAAUGGUCUUUGAAAAUUUCUUAGAAAAGAUUAUGUGUCGAGCUUUCCAAUCACUUCCUGCAAAGACAUUAGAACUAUUCUUUGGACCAUGCCCGCAAGGCCAGUACUCAGGGAUGGGUUUGAAUAUCGUGACUCCUUUGCUCCAGGGGAAAGAACUGGGUCCUCAAAUCCGCCAUAGACUUAUACAAUCUCUGGAAGAUUCAUCAGACCCUGAGAUCCACAAUUGGCCAAAAAUUCGAAAUGGUUUAGAUUAUAAGACUGACCGGCAAUCAGUGAAAGAGAGGCUACCUUACAGGAAGCAUAUGAGUGUAAAGGACUACUACGCUGCCCUUUACCAAGCAAUUGAGAGCAAUGCGAAUCUCAAAGAAUCCCUCUUGAUACAGUUAGAUGACAACUCUUGGGGAACUUUCGAAGGGGAGCUGCUAGAUAUUGAUUCUUGGUUUCAGUCAAUAUCAGCUAAAAUACGCCAACAAGAGCCGACAUGUCAAGCUGGGUUCAUCGCUCCAGUUGGAACUAUCGAAGCCUCUGUUGGUAUUAUUCUCGACCUUACACCGUUACGCGAAUACAAUGUUCAGGAUAGAACUGUCAGUCUACCGUGGGGCUUACGAGAGAGUGGCUUUAAUGAGUUAAACUCUAUAAUCUGGAUGUAUAAUCUCCAGAAAUAUGUUCAUAUUCCAGGUAGCUUUCAGGUUGCUCCCCCUCGCCCCAUUGACAGGGAAACUCUCCGUACAGCUACCAGGCAAUUGAUCCUCGGCAGCCGAUUACGUGUUAUCAUCAUAUGUGGUGACAGUGCUCAAGAAGCAGCCCUCCCAGACAACGCCCCGUUGAAGAAGGUGACAUUAUCUUUGGCAGAGAUGGAGCAUGAUGCGUGGAUUGAGAUCAGCCAACAUAAAAUUACAAGGAUCUUUAUCCGUGCGCCCGCUCCUCUCUCAGAAUUGUGGACUAAAUAUGGGAAGGAGGCAUUUCAAUUGACGAACGUUUUUCGGUUUGUGUCUGCUAUCACCGACCUUACAAUUUUCCCAUCCUUCUAUGAGUCUGCUCUUUGUGUUUCCUUAAUUGCCCGGAAAUGGGACGAUGAGAACAAUAGUAGAAUACCUAAGGCUGAACCAACUGAUCUCGAGCCGUUAUUGAGGGUUUGGCUCGCUGCGAAAGGGUUUAGCUAUGAGAGUGACCUUCGCCGCUUGGCAGAGGCUGCUGGUGGCUCCUUACGAUAUGGGAUUUUAGUGCUUAGUCUCAUCCUUCCAAGAAGAAAGAUAUUGCAUCAAGCCAAAAGAUUACCAGACUCGAAGAUACGUCGGCGUGGCGCUACUGAUCCUGAGGUCCUUUUCAAAGUCAAAUCGCUUUUAAAGGAGCUUAGUCCCCAAAACGAAGGUGUAGACGCUUCAAACGAUGAAAUCCAAGAGUGUGAAUGCGAUGUUGAUGAGAUUGUGUGCGAUGAUACAUUCAAGAUUCCUACUGAAGAAGAAUCUGCCUCUAACACCAGUCAAGAUCUAGAAUGUAUUCUCAGCGCAGACACGUCUCAGAAAGAAGCAUUGAUCCAACCCUUUACAAACCGACUAACUUUAGUGCUAGGCCACAGAUAUGAUGGCCGCUGGGAACCAAGAUACAAGUCUUGGACGGCUUUUAUUAGGCAUGGAUCGAUCAGUGUUAAGAUGGAAGAAGAGCCUAAGAAUGGAUGCUGGGUUCAAGCUGAGCUAUCGCCCAUUGGAACUAGACACCCUCAAGUAUGGGCCAAAGCAACCAAAGACCAGGAUCCCGGUUCUCGCCUUGCAUUUCGUGUCUCAACAAGGAGCGCAGAUGGACAUGAAACGUCUGUGAUAUAUCCCACUAUCAAUACUAUAAGAGGAUGCUUCAGAGCAAACACUCUUGUGGAUGAGCUUAAUGGCGAUGACUAUCUCCAAAUAUGUCAAAGGCCUCGGAGAUUUGUGUACAUCGACCCAAGGAAUAAAUCGUUGCUUAACAGUUAUCCGAUAUUACAAGCUUUCAUCAAUGGUGCCUACAUUGACGAUAAGGGUAUGGUAGACCCUAGGAGAAAGCGGGCUCGGCCUCCAAGCAACCCAGUGGUGGAUGAGAAGCCUGUACGAAAGAAGAGCAAGCUAGAAUGA